AGUCCAUGCACAGACAGGAGUUGUAUUUCUAAAAGAAAUUCAAUUUUAGUUAUCCUGUUCAUUCAGUUAUAUUGGAAGGAUUGACCAACACUCUAUUGUUACAUCAGUGUCAUAUGCCAUCCGGCAAUGAAAAUCCUGAAGUGCCACCUGCGGAGGGCCAAGCGUGUGCUGCUGGGCAUUGGUAUCAUCUGGUGUCUGAGUUGCUUAUAUUUGAUCCUGAGCAGUGCCAACAAGGAGGGCACCGAGGUGCUCGGUAACAACAAACUAAAGAAGCAUGACAAAGUAUGGUUGGAAAUAAACCGGACUAAAGAAGAACUGCAGGUGGUCCAAAUGAACAUGGAGUUACAGAAAGAAAUAGUCAAAAUGAAGGAUGAGAUGAUCAAGCAGCUGCAUUCUGACAAACUGCAUCUGCAGCAGCAAGUGGAGGAACUCAGGAAGCUACAGGUGGAGAAGGAAAAGAAGAAAGAUGACCAAACAACUGAGGAUGGACACUGCCCCCUGCCACCCAUGGAUGGAUACCCACUCUGUAAGGAAAAAUUGAAGUGGAUGAAGGAGGUGUGGAGGACUGAUCCGUGUUACGGCAGUAAUGGCGUGAACGGGUCCCUGUGCUCUUUCAUCAUUUACCUCAGCGAGAUUGAAUCGUGGUGCCCUGUGCUUCCAGGUCGAUCUGUCUCUUCAGCCCCAGCAGAAAAGUCAGAGGCUGACAAACCCACAACAAAGGCAGGACAAUUGAACUUGUCACCACCACACCUAUUGGCUGUGGUACGGAACAGUGUGGAGGGUCUGUACCCAUCUCUGAAAAGCAGAGUCCAGUUCCGAUGGAUUCACCAAAGAAUUCAAAGUAUGGAUGAGAUUUGGGUCGAGGCCGGACGCUCUCUCUCAGCCAAAUACAACCUCACAGAGCGCACAGCAAAACACAUUUUGGUACAUCCUGGUGCACUGACAGACGAAUCAAGCUUUAGAAUAGCAGAAAGCGCCUUCAGUGGUGGCCCCCUUGGGGAACUAGUCCAGUGGAGUGACCUUAUAGCCACACUUCACAUCCUUGGUCACCAUCUUCACCUUUCUGCCUCUAUACCUGAUCUCAAGAAUUUUCUCGGCAUUAAUACAGGUGGUUGCCACUCUCGUCAGUCAAAGAUAACAGCAGAACUGAUCUACACGGACAUCAUUGGCCUCAAACAGUUUCAGAAUGUACUUCAGAAAUCCUGGAUCAAAUACAAAUGUAUGAUUCGUGUGUUGGAUAGUUUUGGCACUGAACCAGACUUCAAUCAUGCAGUUUGGGCCCAGAAGCACAACUUUACCGGCCCAUUUGUUGGCUUGAGCCUGACACCAGCGCAGUUCUACACCAUGUUCCCUCAUACACCAGACAACACCUUCCUGGGCUUUGUGGUGCAGCACCAGAUGAGCUCUGAAAUCACUGAGCAGCUGCGGUCGACUAAGAGAAGAAACCAGGCUCUUGUGUAUGGAAAGAGAGGCCUCUUCUGGCAGGGAAAAGAGGCUUAUCUGGACAUUAUCCACAAGUACUUGAAGAUCCACGGGACGGUCGAAAGCAGCUUUAAUAUCCCAAGCUAUGUGGAAAACCACGGCAUCGUCAAGGGGACUGAGGUGCAGACGCUGCUGAGACAGAGCAAGGUUUUUGUGGGGCUGUCUUUCCCAUAUGAAGGCCCCGCUCCUCUGGAAGCCUUAGCCAAUGGCUGUGCCUUCCUUAACCCGAGGUUACACCCCCCGCUGAGCAGCUUGAACUCAGAGUUCUUCAAGGGAAAGCCCAACACCAGAGAGGUGACGUCGCAGAAUCCUUAUGUUGAAGCCAUAGGAGAGCCAUAUGUAUGGACGGUGGACAUGUUCAAUCAAACAGAAGUAGAGAAAGCACUCACUGCUAUCCUCAAUCAAAGUAUUGAGCCCUACCUUCCCUAUGAGUUUACGUGUGAAGGAAUGCUCCAGAGGCUCAACAUCCUGAUUGAAAAACAGGACUUCUGCUCCAGUACACAGAGGUGGCCCCCACUGAGCGUGCUCCAGGUUGUGAAGGCGGAGCCAGACAUUUCUUGUAAACAGGCGUGUCAGGGGGUGGGGCUGAUCUGUGAACCUGCAUUCUUCCCACAGCUCAACAGUGUAAAACAUCUUGCAGAACAUGGUGUAGAUUGUCAAACAUCAGAAGUUUCCGACAGUAACCUGGUGUUCCCUGCCUACAACAGUAGCAAACACUGUCUGUUCCAGUCUGAUCCCCUGUUCUUCAGCUGUGUGAGAUCUGACCAGUUCCUGAUUCGCAUCUGCCCCUGUAGAGACUACAUUAAAGACCAGAUAGCCUUGUGCAAGGCGUGUCUCUAACUGCUGACUCUCACAUUUACGUUCACAUAUACACCGCCACUGGAGAAAGUCUGCAGGCUCUCCGAAGUUCAGUGUAUUUUCUGACUCUGACACUGCGCAUGCUCAGCCCCCACCAGGAAGUCACAGGACAUCAUCAUUGCAUUCAUAUAUUUUUGUCGUACUCUCCUGAACUUUGUCAUGUGCAUAAUUACAAUCUUCUGUCAUGGCUGACAGUGUGCUAAGGAAGUUACACCCAUCUAAACACUAUUUUAAAGGUACAGUGUGUAGUAUUUAGUGACAUCUAGUGUUGAAAUUGCAUGUUGCAGCUGAACACCGCUCAUCUCACCAUCCCCUUCCAAAAACAAGAAACUGUGGUAGCUUCAGUUUUCAUGAAAACGCAAAAGGUGUUUAGUUUGUCCAGUCUGGACUAAUGUAAAAAA